GAACUGACUGGCACGACUGGGUAGCAGCAAUCAGCAGGCACGCCGGAGAGCUCCAGGCACAUCACCGCAGCGCAAGCUCCCAUAAUCGUCACCCAGUCUGUUCAGCUCCAUCUCAAUCAACACGAUCCCCCAAACAAAACCUCUCCUCCCAACAACCACAGUCCACCCCAAAAUAGCAGUCAAGAUGUCGAUGCGAAUCGUCCCCGCCGCAAACCAACCCACAACCUUCGCUGCAGGCGCCAACGCCCCCUCGGCACCGGGCGUCCACGACACCCUCCGCGCCGGCGUAGGCCAGUCCGCCUACGACGCCAAAGAAAACGUCGCCGCCUCCGCCCACCCGCUCGAGUCCCGCCUCAAGAACUGGGAGGCCACCCAGGAAGGCAUGCGCAUGGAGACGCUCCGCCGCACCUUUGGCCUCGCGGAGCCCAUCCGCCGCCAGAUGGAGCUCAAGAUUACGCAAAACGGCGAGUGGCGGCCCCUCGCCCUCGGCGGGCAAAAGGCCUCCGUCCACGAGGAGAUCCUCCGCGGCAAGGACUCUAGCGUCACGUGGGAGGACGUCUACUCUGGCGAGGAGAGCGUGGGCAUCGUUGGUAUGCACGACGAGAUGGAGAGGAAGCUCAAGAUUUGAGAGAGGAAGAGAGAGAGCUUGAGAGAUAUGAUGGGGUUGGAACGACCGAGAGCGGAACUGGGCUCCUGGAUUUGAGGCAUGCGACAGAAGGACCAGGGUUGGAUUUGUAUUACUACGAUAUGCGUCAUGACCUCAGGACGGCGCGGCAAAGGAAAUGUCAAGGCCAUAGAAGGGAUUCACCGAAGCGUCCAGGUUCGACGGAAAGAUGGAAUAGAAUGCGUUCUACUAUCCUAUGGACAACACCCAUAGACGGGGCGUGGAGAAGAAUCAACCAGAACAAAUACACAAAGCUAUGA